GCCACGGCGUCGCAUAUUUCCCGCUCACCUAUAGGCCUACACAGUCGCACCUCUGCUGCCGUGGCUCCCGAUGUGGCCCCUCCUUUACCGGACUGGACCGAUAAAUGGGUUAACUCUGUCACUGGGAGAAGAGAAGAUAAAUGCACCGGGAGCGUCGGGAGAUCCCUUCCCAUCCCUCCUCUGUUUGACCGAUCUGCUCUCAAAGGCAUCAUCCUCUCCUCUCCGCCGUGUUGAUUCGACAGAGUAGGCUACACUGAAUUUAAAUCGUGAUUUAUCAUUUUAUAAGAGGCGACCGGCAACAGCAGCAGCAGCAGCAGCAGCACCAGACCCGUGGGCGGCGUGUGGCGUCCGUCUGGGCGAGCUGAUAGGACGAAGAUUUGGCACUUUACCUACCAACUGCUUCAUCCCAAAUUUUAAAAUAUAUGGCGAUGAGAAGUGAGAUGUAGAAAACGGAUCGGAGGCCAUUCAUGUGGGUCUGGGCUUCAGCUAAAACGGACAAAAUCUCCCAGCACCAUCAUCACCUUCAUCAUCCUCCUCCUCACCUAACCAGUUGAUAUUUUUUAAAUAACUAUCUAAAAAGUGUGCAGCACAUGACACACUGGUGAAUCUCCGAGGCAGGUCCCUCACACAGACUGAAUGAGUCCAUCUUUGGCUGUCGGACGGACUCCUCUAGAGCACAGGACGGAUGCAAACAGACUAAACACAUCUUGGCAAUUCAAAACACCCUCAGCAUCUCCUCCAACGGUGUUGUAACCGAGCGAGGUGAAUCUCACACCGGGGGACCAGUCGUUUUACAGGCAGGGAGAAGAUGCCAUUCCACCAUGUGCGAGCGGGCCUGCUCUAUCCAGACAACUACCUGAGCAGCUCCCUGACGGAGGGCAGCGAAGCCUUCCAGCUCACCAGCAUCUCCACAGAGGAGCUGGGAGAGAUCCGUGAGGCGUUUCGUGUUUUGGAUCGGGAUGGGAAUGGUUUCAUCUCCAAACAAGAGCUGGGCAUGGCCAUGCGCUCCCUGGGUUACAUGCCCAGUGAAGUGGAGCUGGCCAUCAUCAUGCAGAGACUGGACAUGGAUGGGGACGGCCAGGUGGAUUUUGAGGAGUUCAUGACGAUACUGGGGCCCAAACUGCUGUCGUCCGACAACAGAGAAGGAUUCCUGGGCAACACCAUCGACAACAUCUUCUGGCAGUUUGACAUGCAGCAGCUGUCUCUGGAUGAGCUGAAGCAGGUGCUGUUCCACGCCUUCCGGGACCACCUGACAAUGAAGGACAUAGAGAACAUCAUCAUCACUGAGGAAGAGAGCCUCAAUGAAACCUCAGGGAACUGCCCUGAGUAUGAGGGAGUCCAUCCCAAGAAGAAGAAUCGGCAGACGUGUGUCAGGAAAAGCCUGAUCUGCGCCUUCGCUAUGGCUUUCAUUAUCAGUGUCAUGCUUAUCGCAGCCAAUCAGAUGCUGCGGAACGGCAUGGAGUAACCAAUUGCACUGUGAGCAUGGGGAGUGGACAGAACAGCCAUGACCUCACAUCUUUGCAGCCAAAGCUGGACCAGCCGCAACCCAAGCACUUCUCUAAACAAUCAGUUGAUUUUUUUUUUUUUAGUUUAAUUUGAACUUACCUUGUAGAUGCAGACAAUGUGAGUAAAAUGAAGAGCGAUAUAUUUGUUUUGCAUUGAAGAUGUCACCAUGUAGAGUUACUGGACUUUACUGGAGUUACUGGAAAUUGAAAAGAAUUAUGUUUUUAUAUUAAUCGUGACAAUAAAUAGAGAGUUUUAUUUUGCUGUUUUCGUGACCAAGACCACCCUUUAACCUUGAUUUUCUAAUUACCGAAAAAUGUUUAUCAGGUGCUUUGAGCCAUUCCUAAUUUCAAAAACAAACAAUGGUUAUUAUGGACAACUGCAUAUUUACCCUAGAGAAAUCACGUUGAAUGUGAACUGAGUGAAUGUGGGCACUGAAUGUCGGGAAAAGUAUUUAAUACACAGUAAAUCCCUCACAUCUCAUAUAGUCAUGUAUAAACACCACACUUUUUGUGAAAUAUCAACAUCCUUGACACUAAUCUUGGGGCACAUGACGUCUUUAUGUGUGAUUACAAGGAGCACAACUCAAUACUCAGUGAGGGACCACAAAAGAAUCAUCACUGUCCCACUAUCUCUACUCUUUAGUCUUAAUACUGAAUGCUUGAUUGAUUGAUCACUUAACAUUUGUGUGGGUGGGUAAAACACAGUGUUGUCCACAUACAUAAUUUAAGCUCAGAGAAAGCUGUAAAACAUAUGAAGGUAAAAAACAAGCAACAUCAAAUCAAAUGACAGGGGAGCUAUGGUUUGGGUUAAUAAUAGGGCCAGGCUGAGAUAAAUUACGAUAUUUUUAGUUAUGUGUUGGUAGAAAAUGUUUCACCUCGGCAUCUCAUUGUAAUACUGCCCAACUGUGGUAAAUAUAAACCACACAAAAGUAUGCCAGUAUAUACACUGCCAUACCAAACAUUACUCUAACUCCAGUAUCCCAUUGAUUUCACUGUAUAUAUAGUACUACUUAGCUUGUGUAAUGUAUUAUUCUCAACAGCAGAAUGUAUGAAGGGUAGAAACUAGUGAGAUAAACCAGGGACAUACAGUAGAGCUGUGAUAUACUGUAGGUACAGUUGUUUUCUUGGAAAAGGUUGCAUUCUAGUGGUUAAAAUGAGAACUGCAGCUAAACGCUUGAACAACCAUGUUUACAAGGUGUUCAGAAGUGAAGAACAACACCACUGAAUUUGAGCUUUGAUGUGUGUCGUGUCAGUAUCACAAGGGCAGUUUGGUCUCUAUUGAAAUAGAAUUUUUUUCCCACCAGUGAACAGUUGGAUGAGAGACUGAAGGUGACUGCUGCAGUACCUGUGGUAGUUUCUGGGGUCAAAGCUAUGUUUUAUGGUUCAGAUCUGAUAGCACUACAAUUUUAUUAAGCUGACUGGGAUGAAAAAGUUUGGGAAAGACCUUGUAAGAGUUUACAAUCAUGCUCCUCUUCUUUUAUAAUGGAGCCGCCCAGGUUGAACAUCCCAAUGACACCACAGAUUAAAUUUGCGGAUGAAAAUGGGGUUUUUUAUGUUGGCGUAGGGCUGGGCAAUAAAGAGAUGUCAUGUUCAUCUACUGUCGUUGGAACAGAAUCGUAAUUAUAUGUUCAUAUUCUGUUAUUGUUUUCCAAACUUCUGUUGUCCAAACAAAGGAUUCCAUGAAAAUUGUGAUUCAAAACUAAGAUCACCUCAGAUUACGUUUAUAAUUUCAAUUAUUUAAUAUGUGAUUAUUUUGUGAUAUUAAUAGAUAUCUUAAAAAUAUUUUCAUUAAUUUUGUGACAGUUAUUUCAACCACAUCGCCUGGCCCUAUGGAGAUGCCAUCUUUGACAUAUACUUGUUGGUGUUCAUUACUACUGAUUGCAACAUUAUAUGCCAUAACAGCAGCAUAUGUGGAUUCCUAAAUUGCAUGGUGCUCCCAUAGGACAUUACUAGAUUGGAGGCUGGUUCAUUCCCAUUAAUACCUUGGAGAGAUUAUUUGUUCUCUUGUCUUUUGCCGGGGUGGACGAAAAACAAAACUAGAUAUUUCAAUCACACUAAUGUGAAACAUGUGAGUUUAUAUGCUGUCCGGGGUUAAACAAAAUAUAAAAGGGAGAGGGCUUUCUUUUAAAAUAAAGAAAUAGCUUUGUAAGAUCAAGUAUCACAGCAAAAAUGUAUUAUACUGUAAAUCAGUAUGCAUGUUGUUGUUUAGAUUUUCAUGUCUGAAAGACAGGGAAAUCCAUUUAAUCUUUCUUUGUGGUGGCACAGCCUUGGUUUAAAUGUAGGUAUGUAUGUACUACUGUCACAUAUUUGACUUUCCAGUUUAUACUGUAAUAGCCAUUUUUUCUAGUUUCUACCAGCUAUUAAUCAAAUCAGAGUGCAGGAGAGGGCAUUUUCAUAAAUAUGCAAAUACAAGGUCAUAUAAUCAUCAUCAUCAUCUCUGUUUCACGUCAUCUUGGGUAGAGUCUGUAGGCUGCACUGGAUGGUUAAAAUUAACAUUGAAUACAAAAUAUUGUGUGUUUUAAUCACAUUAGGUUUUUAUUGACUGUUUUCACUGCCUCAUAGUCCCGUAUAAACUGCUGUAUAAUGUAUGCUACACUUAUCCUCGUAAGUCUGUUUAUGUCUUUGAUAUUCUCAGCACACUGACAUUUGACCAAUGGACCAUGUUUUCACCUUUGUCUAUUAGUGUCAUGGUCCUUUUGAAACCAGCAUAGACCACUUUAUCUUAACAAUUCUCUAAUAAUUGUGCCAUUCAGACAUCCUUGCAUGGCUAUGUAAGGGAAUCUCGUUUGAAAGACCUUUUAUCAACACUUUUGAAGUUUACAUUAUUAUACUGUACAUCUGUAACAGGACGGAGUCAGUUCAUGAUUUUCAUGUUUUUGAAAGUUGCUUUUGAGAUUUGUUUUUACCAAAACAUGUUUUUACCUUGUAGAUUGUAUGGAGAUAAAAUUAAACACAGAUAUGUAAUACAA